AUGUUUACUAAGGCAUUUCUAGUCACCGUCCUCUUUGCGGCGAUCAGCGCGCGACCUCAAGAAGGUCACGACCAACACCACGGUCACGGUCACGGUCACGCCAUCUCCUCACAGAGCAUCGUACUGCACCACACUCACGAGACCAAACACCCUGUACACCACGAGGAACAUCACAAAGAACACCACAAAAAGCAUGAACAGACUCGUCAUGGUCACCACCAGGAAAAACACCAUCAUGAAGAGCACCACGGCCACGCCUCCUCCUCACAGAGCAUCAAGCAGCAUCAUAAGAAAGCAACUGAAAAACACGUCGAAUACUAUUCCCACCCUAAGUAUGAGUUCGCGUACAAAGUAGAGGACCCUCACACCGGUGACAAGAAAUACCAACACGAGUCUCGUGAUGGUGACGUCGUGAAGGGCGUGUACAGUCUGCACGAGCCUGACGGUACUGUCAGGAUUGUGGAGUACCACGCUGACAAAAAGACUGGAUUCAACGCCAAAGUGAAGCACGCCAAACACAUCAUCCCUGAACACCACCACCACCACUGA